AUGUCCGACCUCAGCGGCGUCGUCGGCGGCAAAUUACGCCUCAAGGGCGUCAAGGUCGAGAAGAAGAAGAAGAAGAAGAAGGGAAAAGAUGCGGACAAGAAGAAGGACCUCGAAAAGAACCUAUCCACAGGCGACGACCAGAACCGCGAGCGCGACGACGACCAUGACGACCACGACGACGACCACGACGAUGUCGGCAAUGACCAUCAUCAGCCCAUCAAGACGGAAGCAGAACUUCGAUAUGAAGAGACGCGCAAGAAGAGGCUCCUGAAAAUGGCAGAGACAUCCAGGCCAGAACUCUUGAAGACGCACAAGGAGCGCGUCGAAGAGCUCAACACCUACCUCUCCAAGCUCAGCGAACACCACGACAUGCCCAAGAUCGGACCGGGCUGA